GAAAUGCGGAACUAUUUUAGGAAACUUCCGUGAGACAAUAAGGAAGAAGUUUGGUCCCUAGUCUGUAAUUCGGUGUACCAGUGAAAUGUUUCCAUAGCUCUUCUGGUGCUCGUGGAGUUUCUGAAUGCGCUUUGCGCGUAUGGAGGGUGUUCGUUUAGCUUUCAAAUUUGGUGCCUGGAAACCCACAAGGCAGGAAUGGCUUCUAGGAAUCUCUUGUGUUCAGUCAGAGGAGAAAGACAGGAUCAUGAAGUUUGUGUUCAAAAAGGAUGCAAAAUCUGCUCUGAUUGGAAGAUUGUUAAUGAGGAAAGUGAUAAGUGAAUUCACACAGCUUCCUUACAAUGAGGUUAUUCUGAAAAGAACUGAAAAAGGAAAGCCUUACUUGGCCAAUGACUCUCUUGAACCAUCACUGAGAAAUUUUAGCUUCAACAUAUCACAUCAGGGAGACUUCACUGUCUUAGCUGCAGAGCCUCUAGUUCAAGUUGGUGUUGAUGUGAUGAAAACUACAUACCCAGGUUCCUCAACAGUGCCUGGAUUUUUUAACACUAUGCGCAAACAGUUCACCUCGUACGAAUGGCAGACAAUCAAAUCUCAGACAACAGAAUGGAAACAACUUGAGAUGUUUUACAGACACUGGUGUCUUAAGGAAAGCUAUGUGAAAGCUACAGGGGUUGGUAUAGGCCAUGAUUUACAGGCUGUUGAAUUUCAGAUAAAUACCAACGAAUUAUCUCCUCAGGCCUUGACGUGUGAUACCCAAUUUUUCCUUGAUGAAAAUGAAAUGGAUGAGUGGCGUUUUGAAGAGACCAAACUAGAUGAUUGGCAUCAAGUGGCCGUGGCUCUAGGUCCUUCACGGACAAUAAAUGAAGAAAAAAGUUUUCGCAUUUCCAAGUUCAAAGAGCUUCAGUUUGCUGAUAUCGUGUCGUCUGCCAUUCCUCUUUUUCCUGAAGAAGAAUCAGAUUGGGUUGCAUUUCAGUCAAAGAAAGAAAAGAAUCAAUGAGGCAUAUUGGAUGAACCUGAUUCGGAGAGCUUUACCGCAUAAAAUGCCUUACGUCGUGUUGUUCGUGUAAUUAAUUAUUAGCUUAAAUAAUUAUAUUUUUUUAAUCUUCAUUAAAUAAUCUUUUUACGCCUA